AUGCCCGCCAUAAAAAAGCGCAAGGUCGCCCAGGAGGCAACGGUCGACGACAGUGAUGCCAGCUCCAAUGCCUCAGAGGGAGCACCCCAAGAAGAGACAGACAGUGAAGUCAACUCCCAAGCCUCAGAAGAAGCACCUCCGGCGGAGGCAGGCACCGAGGCUGCUCAACCCGCAGCUAAAAAGUCCUUUAAAGAGCUUGGGAUUAUUGACUCUCUAUGCGAUGCCUGCGAGACCAUGGGUUACAAGGCACCUACGCCAAUCCAGUCCGAGUCGAUCCCACUAGCACUCCAGGGCCGUGAUCUAAUCGGUCUGGCCGAAACAGGCAGUGGAAAGACCGCAGCAUUCGCCCUACCCAUUCUACAAGCACUCAUGGACAAACCUCAACCCUUCUUCGGCCUGAUCCUCGCCCCGACUCGAGAACUGGCGGUUCAAAUCUCUCAAUCCUUCGAAGCACUCGGGUCAACUAUCGCUGUCCGAACAGCGGUAAUUGUUGGUGGCAUGGACAUGGUGUCUCAGUCAAUUGCUCUGGGCAAGAAACCACACAUCGUUGUUGCGACACCCGGUCGACUUAUGGACCAUCUUGAAAACACUAAAGGCUUCUCGCUGAGAAGUUUGAAGUACCUCGUUAUGGACGAAGCGGACAGGCUUUUGGACCUUGACUUCGGACCUCUUCUAGAUAAGAUCUUGCGCGUCUUACCCAAAGAGCGGCGGACGUUCUUGUUUUCGGCGACUCUUUCCUCAAAAGUCGAGUCCUUGCAGAGAGCUUCACUAUCAAACCCCCUGCGAGUGUCGGUAUCGUCGAGCAAGUACCAGACUGUUUCGACUUUGAAGCAGGCAUUUCUGCUCCGACCACACAAACACAAGGAUAUCUACCUCGUGUAUCUGCUGAAUGAAUUCGCGGGACAAUCGGUCAUCGUUUUCACCCGGACAGUCCACGAAACCCAGCGUCUAGCCUUCCUACUACGCACACUCGGCUUCGGUGCCAUUCCUCUGCACGGCCAACUCUCCCAAUCUGCCCGUCUCGGUGCCCUAGGAAAAUUCCGCAGUCGCAGUCGCGAUAUCCUUGUUGCAACCGACGUCGCGGCGCGCGGACUGGACAUCCCCUCCGUCGACGUGGUAUUGAACUUCGACCUACCAACGGACAGCAAGACGUACAUCCACCGCGUCGGACGGACGGCGCGUGCGGGCAAGAGUGGAGUUGCUAUUUCUUUCGUGACGCAGUAUGAUGUAGAGAUUUGGCAGAGGAUCGAAGGCGCGUUGGGCAAGAAAUUGGACGAGUAUGAUGCCGCGAAGGACGAGGUGAUGGUCCUGGCUGAGCGGGUGAGCGAGGCGCAGAGACAUGCUAUUAUGGAGAUGAAGAAUUAUGAUGAGAAGCGCGGGGCUCGGGGGAAGAAUAGGUUUGGUGGGAAGAGAUCGAGGGAUGAGAUGGAUCAAGACGAGGGUUGA